AUGGCAUCAGGGCAUGAUCUUAGAAAGUCUGAAUCAGAGAAGACUCAUACCUCUGAUGAAGGAAAAAGUCAAGUUGCUCUCACCACAAUUUCACCAUACUAUCGCAGUACUUCGGAUAAUCCGGGAACACCUCUCGUUACAGCCAUCCUCAAAGGAGAAAAUCAUCGAACAUGGGCACGUUCAAUGAAGACGGCACUUCGUGCAAAAAUGAAGUUAGAUUUUAUUGAUGGAACAAUCACAAAACCAGGAAAGAAGACAACAUACUAUCUCAAUUGGGAGAAGGAAGAUUCAAUGGUGAUGGCUUGGAUCAUAAAUGUUACUGAUCUGAAAUUACAUGGCAGCAUAUCUCACGCAAUAACAACCAGGGAUCUAUGGCUUGACCUUGAAGAGCGCUUUGCUUAA